AUGCUUGACUUGAUUCGAAGAUUUGAGCCGCCCAAUCGGCAACAGCGUUGGGACAGUCCGCUAUUUGUCUAUUGUCCCGCCGGUUCGGCUAGAUCUUCUGUAACUGACCGACCCACAGAACCUGAGUAUUUCGACGGGGCGACUACAUCUGAUAUAUUGUCAUCUACGCCAACCACAAUGGCAUCAUUGUCUUUCGAGCCUGAUGAUGUUGACGAGGCGAUCACUCUUCAGACUGAGACUUCAACGAAUUGCGGUGAUGCCUUGUUCGAGUCGACCGAGAUCAGUCAUUUAGCUGGACUUCUUUAUGAUCGUCUGGCAGGUGCUUCGACUGUUUCCGUCCGUCCGAACCGGGCCACCUUAGCACCAACUCAUUGCGGCACCAAUUUUUUGCAGGUAGAGAAAUAG